UGGCUCGCUUGCAGGUGUAGGUGGGACAACUUCAUGGAGGAGAGUGUCAUUAAUGUUAUUAGUAACACCUGUACUGCUACGUCAAGUGAAAGACUUUAUUGUGUUACUUAUAUAAGGCUUUUAAGCAACGAUAUUAUUAUGACGACGCCUGACAUGAUGAGGACAAGAACUAUAAUGAAUGUGCUCCGGCAGAAUGUAAAUAUAAAUCUGUGGGCUGAGCUGUGAGGGCGGUUACAAACCUGACGGAGCUGUACAGGCGCUCGGCCACAAGAGGGCGCCCUCCCCCCACUGAUCACCAGUCGCGGGGGGUUUCCCCCCUGGACAAGGUAAGCAUCUCUCCUUGCGCCCAACAGCAGGGGCGCCCAACAGCAGGGGUGCCAAAAAAUGAAGCGAGGAAAAAGCCGGAGGCUGACAUUUUCUCCAGGGUGUCCGCCGCAGGGAGUCCAGCGCUGAGAGCCCCGGGCUUUGAGCAGACAGACCACUGAGGCUUGUUUUGCAGACAAAAUCAGCGCACUGAUCCAAGAGUGCAACAACCCUAAAGGACCGAGGAGAGCUCCCCGCUUGAAUCCCAUCUGACAGCAAGAAGGGCUCUGGUCAGCCUGAAGUGAAGGGUCACUGAGCUCAGACACUCUCCUUCCACUGACUCACACUUACACACACAUAGAAGACAGUCUCACACACACAGACAGACAGACAGACACACACACACACACACACACACGUCUGCACAAGGACACAUAUACAUCCACAUUUGGAGUCGUGGGUACACACACACACGCAUCAGUGCAUAAACGCAGACACACACUCAGACACAGGCCCUCUGAGCAGGAUGAGGGAACCCUGGAGGUGCUUGUUGGGCCUGUGCCUCCUGGCAUGCUCAGCCUCCACCCACAGUGCCGCCAACCCUUUUGCAGGCCAGCAGACCCCGCCGGACCCUUGCUAUGACGACACAGGAGCAGCCCGCCGCUGUAUCCCCGAGUUCAUCAAUGCUGCCUUCGGCAAGGAGGUGGCGGUGUCCAGCGUCUGCGGCCGGCCUCCGUCCCGCUCCUGUAGCGUGGUGGAGCGGGGCGACGACCGGCCUUCCGUGCGCACAUGCCAAAUCUGCGAUGCAGCCGACCCUCGCCGUGCCCACCCCGCGUCCUACCUCACUGACCUCAACUCAGCCCACAACCUCACCUGCUGGCAGUCGGAGAAUCUGAACACCUCGCCGCACAACGUGACUCUCACCCUGUCGCUCGGUAAAAAGUUUGAGAUUACCUACGUCAGCCUGCAGUUCUGUUCCCCGCGACCCGAGUCCUUGGCUAUAUACAAGAGCAUGGACUACGGCAAGACCUGGAUGCCCUACCAGUACUACUCCUCACAGUGCCGACGCAUGUACAAUCGGCCCAACAAGGCAACCAUCACCAAGCAGAAUGAACAGGAAGCUCUAUGUACAGAUGGCCACACUGACCUCUACCCGCUCUCUGGAGGACUCAUCGCUUUCAGCACUCUGGAUGGACGGCCCUCUGGCAAAGACUUCGACAACAGCCCCGUCCUCCAGGACUGGGUGACUGUCACCGACAUCCGCGUGGUCUUCAGCCGCCCCCAGCUACCCCGGGAGCUGGGACUGGGGGCUGGAAGCAACAGCGGAGGGCGGGACGACGACCCAACGGCGGUGACAUCCACGCUGCCAACUUAUUUCUAUGCAGUGGGAGACUUCCAGGUGGGCGGGAGGUGUAAAUGCAACGGACACGGCUCCCGCUGCCUGAAAGACAAGGAGGGCAAGCUGGUGUGCGACUGCAAGCACAACACAGAGGGACCUGAAUGUGACCGCUGCAAGCCCUUUCACUACGACCGGCCGUGGCAGAGGGCCAAUGCCCGCGAGGCCAAUGAGUGUCUGCCGUGCAACUGCAACCUACACGCCCGACGCUGCCGAUUCAACAUGGAGCUGUACAAGCUGUCGGGGAGGAAGAGCGGAGGGGUCUGCAUGAACUGCCGCCACAACACCGCGGGCCGCCACUGCCACUACUGCAAGGAGGGCUUUUACAGGGACAUGGCCAGGCCGAUCACUCACCGGCGAGCCUGCAAAGCCUGUGACUGCCACCCCGUGGGUGCCGCAGGCAAGACUUGCAACCAGACCACAGGCCAGUGCCCCUGCAAGGACGGCGUCACCGGCAUCACCUGCAACCGCUGCGCCAAGGGCUACCAGCAGAGCCGCUCACCUGUGGCGCCCUGCAUCAAAAUCCCAGUGGUCAACCCCACAGCUGUGGUGAGCAGCACAGAGGAACCAGCAGAUUGUGAGUCGUAUUGUAAACCAGUGAAGGGCAACCUGAAGAUCAACAUGAAGAAAUACUGCAAGAAGGACUAUGCGGUCCAAGUGAACGUCCUGGACAUGGAGACGGUGGGCGACUGGGCCAAGUUCUCAGUGAACGUGGUGUCCGUGUACAAGAGCCGCGGCGAUCCCCUGAAGCGGGGCGACAACGUCCUGUGGGUGCACAUGAAGGACCUGGCCUGCAAGUGUCCGAAGAUCCAGAUGAGCAAGCGGUUCUUGGUGAUGGGCGGCAGUGACAGCGGAACGGGCACGGCGGCGGGUGCAGGUGUCGCGCCCGGGGCCGGGGCCGCCAGUCCAGGGGCGGAGCGCCUGGGCCUUAUGGCCGAUAAGAACAGCCUGGUGAUCCAGUGGAGGGACGUUUGGACGAGACGCCUGAGGAAGUUCCAGCGCAAGGAGAAGAAGGGGAAGUGCAGCAAAGCGUGAUGGGGAAGCGGCCCUACCUCUCCCCUCCAUCGCCCACCUUCAUGAACCCUUCCCCCCUCUCCCACUGAAUCCUUUGUAUCCCCCCCCCCCCCCCCCCAUCACGGGAACACUGCACAUUAGAAAGACUGCAUGUACCCUACCUGUUUUAAGGACCACGUUUUGUGUAUAUUGUAUAAUUCUUUUCCUUUUUAUUUUUCAAGUUGUGUCUUUUUGUUAUGUCAAGUUUGUCCAAUUGGUUUGCCUUAAAAAGGGACCAUUAAAAAGGGUAUGAAGUGUAUACAAAAGCAGACGCCAUUCCCUCCAUGACGACAGCGGAAUUGUCCACUCGUCCCCCACCUGCACCCCAAACACCCUCCUCUUCCUCGUCCUCCUGUCAUGACUGUAUCCUGCCAUUUUUUGUUCAACUCCACACUUCACACACGUCUCUGAGGAUUUUAUUCGAGUGUUUUUCACUCCGGAGAGACUGACUGAUCGCAGCAACGCGACGAAGCCGCUCAUCCUCAGCUCGGCCUCCUCGCGUUUCGUUGUCGAAACAAACUCAAGCGGUAGCGCCUGACAACUUCUCAACACUUCGCUGUCAAGAUGUUCAUUACAAAAAAAAAAAAAAAAAAAGAAAAAAACUGGCCAUCCUGUUACCAGGUCUCUGCAGUAACUUCUACAGACUUUGACUAUAAAAACUGUCGUCCCGUGAGGAACCAAGGGCUCCCUUUGCAGGGACAUUUUCCACAGCAAACCUCAGUCUCACCACCACUGCUGCUGCCGCCAGACAGCCCUCACAGAAUGAACUGCUCAUGUAGGCUGUUAUAUCUGCAAGUAUUUGAUGCCACUGCUCAUAGUAGAGUUUAUAUUCUUCGUGUGGCGACGUUUUAUCUCAUCCAUCCAUAUCCCAGCUUGUUGGAGAUGUAUCUUUUCGUUUCAUUUUAAGCAGAACAAACCCUGUUAGCAUGUGUGAGUCACUUCCCAGGCCUCCGGGGCUGUGCCUCUUCACCUCCAGCCCCUCUCACGAGUGGCUUAUAAAGUCAUGCAUCACCAUCGUGACUCAUUGCUUGUCACUUUUUGUGGAAGACAGAUUAAGUGGUGCGGACAAAUGGCUGGAAUUUCAGAACAAUACCAAUAUUUCCAAGGAGGCAUACUUUUUUUUUUUGCUUUAUGGAUAAUGUCUUCCGCUGGGUAGUGGCCUUCCAGAUGUUGCUGUGUGGCCAGUGUCGUUUUCUUUGUAUUUAAAAUGUCUGAACCUUUUCCUGAUGUGUCUAGCGACUGGCAGGCUUCUUUGUUUGCCAAAAUAAGAGAUUGAAACGAGAGUUCCUUUUCAUGCAGUAAAAAGAAAACAAAGUCGGAUAAACAACAUAGUUCGUGUUUUUCUCUCGCAUAUUUCGACAAAAUGAAUGAGGCUGGAAAGUUUUUUAGUGCUCACUUGAUUGUAUUAUGACAUGAGAGGGUCACAUUUCAUUCCUCAUGUGCUUUGUUAUGUUUGCAUGCUUGUGGUUUUUUGCUGGUCCAUCAAAACCUUACAGUGAGCAGAAAAAGACCUAAACCAAUAUGAGCAUCGAGAUCCAAAGGAAAACUUCCCCAAGUCGUCGUCCCCCACCCCCACUCGCCCACCCGCCCUAACGCAGUCCCUGUCAUCCUUUGCCAAAUAAGCAUAGUCAGUUUUUAAAUUCAAUUAAGAGACUAUGGAAGUCAGGACCAACGAAAACCACAGAGAGACCCGUCUGGUUGCUCUCAAGCUUUUUUUUAUCUGCUUUUUGCUGUUAUUUCAUUUUGUAAAGCGCAUUACAAGUUAUUUAAAUAGAGUACAAGAUAAACACGCAGUUUCUGAGGGGCACGUCAAGCUCGGCGCGGCAGCGAGCGCGCCGACAGGCCUGUCAUGCUAGCUCGUGGUUACGCUCCUCCGGCUGCGGUGGUAUGUUUGGUUUGUCGUCCUUCCAGAAGUGUCUCUCCUCUGCUCUCUUCCAUGUGUCAGCCACCACCCUCCCCAAACUCUCUCCCUCUCAUUUUUUUUUUUCGUUUUUUUUUUUUUUUUUUUUUUUAAACCUAUUUUGCAUGUCGUGUGUUCAGUGUUUUAGAUAAGUGACAGCGCGGAGCGAGGCUGCCAAAACCCCCUCAGUGGUAUACUGUACUGCACUGUAGCUCUUGUUUUUUUUUUCCACGUCUCUCUCUCAGAGAAUGUAUGUCAAACUGUGAAGAACACACUCACACAAGUGUAUGGUCUGAUUGUAAGUGUUUAUGAAAUAAUGUCACCAAGCGUAAGAAUGUGGACGCCAUGACAGUUGAUGCUAUUGUAAACUCGCGCUGUGUUUUCCAAAUCACAAUCACGUUCAUCUCAGUGUGCGCAGCAGCUGCCCCUCACAAGGUAAUGUACUGUUUUAAUGCAGUAUGAAUACAACGGGGACGACUGCACCUUCCACAUCUGUCGCAGUCCAGCGUACACUGUAAACUCUGACAAAGUGACUCCACUUAAAGUAAUUGAGGGAAACCGAUAACCCCAAUAUUACCAAGUAAUAAUUUUAAGUUGUUAAAAAUGUUUAGCUUUCACAGCUUAGAUACAACUGACUUAAUAGUCUACUUUACUUUGUAAUCCUGAGGUUAUCAGUUUCCAGUCAACUUUUAAAAUUUACAGUCUUGUCAUUGUCAAUGUGACUGAUUUUCCACUACGCGAAUGAUUGUGGGUCAGAAUAGCCAGAAAAGUGCACUGGCCUGCGUACACUGUCAAAUCUGACAAGUUGACUGUACUUAGAGGAAAUUAGGAAACUGAUUACCUCAAAAUUGUUGAUACUUUUGAGCUCGUACAACUUAGUAGUAGCAAUAGUUUCCUUUUGUAAUUCCGAGGUAAUGGGUUUCCUGACUUUUUAAAAGUAAAAUCAAUAAAAGGCGACCAGAUAUUUUUGGAAUACUGCAUCUGACGUUCUGUAUAUUGGGGUCAAACUGUAUCUUAUUCUGGUAUACUGAACUGAACAGUACGGUGUGGGUAUUGGAGCGCAGCAGGGCGAGACGACGUUCAAAUGACUGUGGCUCUUCAUGCUGUUCAUCUGUCCACCCCACGACAGCUCUCUCCUAAUCCAAAAACAAACCGUGACCAAAAUGGGUUGUCGCCCACCACGACUUCUGGUGUGCGACAAAAGAUCACACAAAAGGACAUCAAACUCUUGAAGGUGUUGCUGAUAACAUUUAGCGACUAAAUGCGAUGUCCUGUCCACAUUCCACAUCACAUUGUUACUGUUGUUCGAAUCAUCUGCCUCUUCAAGUUAGCCAACGUUGCUAACACUAGCUACUGUUGCUAACGCUAGCUAACGUUAACAUUGCAAGUGCUAGCUAGUACGCACAGGGCAAUCCUGUAGAAGUCAGCCAUUCUUACCUUUUUUUCUUUCUUCCACAAACUGGAGACUACCAAGGCUGCUGUUACUCUGGCGGUGUUCUACCAUUGGCCAACAAACCUUGUUAGAAACUGUCUUACGCGGACAUAAAUAAAACAGCAAAACAGAUUUGGGCCCGAUAAACAUUUUUAAAAUGACGAUGAUGAUGAUGAUGAUAUUGCUUCACAAUCAUAACAAUAGAUACCUUUAUUCUGCACCUUUCUACAAGCUCUGUAGACGAAUUUUGAAAUGCAUGACCUUUAAAGUUGUCGACAUCGCUGUGUCCAGAGCGUGACUUCCAACUGUUGAAUUUUCAGAAUUUACAAAAAAUGCAGAAGCGAACAGUGAACAAUUUGUGUGUGGUGGUCUGUCAGACAGGUGGUGUUACACUCGCACCAGUCUCCUCGUCCUGGUAUGUGAGUACAGUGUGACACGUUAUGAUGGAUGGUCGAAUGACGUGCCUGCGCGGCCUCUCCGGCGCUCGGCUCACUGAACACGAUCAUGGAGGAGCCACGGUGUCCUUGAAUCUGGACUUUAGAUUUCGUCAAACCCCUUUCUCCCCACCUAUCAGCUCUCUGUUUUCCAGCUCUUAAGCGGCCACCCUGAACGUACGGGAAUAAAGAUAAGAAGUGAGCCAGAUGUUUGUUUGGGGGGGGUGGAAGCGUCGUCUUGUGAAAGCUAUUUAGUGAGCCUCAUAGGGAGAGCCGUCCUGUUGUUUUACGUUAACAAGCUCAGCAGCUUGGCAGUGGAACUGAGGCCAUAACUGCUUUGCUUUUGUUCCCCCCCCCAUUUAUAGCAUUCACAGGUGUGUGUGUGUGUGUGUAUAUGUGUGUGUGUGUGUAAUUAACCCUACCCGAGUAAACAAGUGAUGCACAUGAACUGAAAGUGCAGAGAGGAGAGAGAGCUCUCAUUCCAAGGCGACAAAAGCUUCUUACGUUUGCCACACGGCUCAAACGUCCCAACAGCCUCCGAUGAAGAAGUAUCAUUUUCAUUCUCCUGGUCUGAUUUUUUUUUUUUUUUUUUUUUUUUUUAUCACUUCCAUCUUGCCUUGUUUAAUAAGUCUUGACACUUUUUUUUUUUGAAUGUUGUAAAUAUGUACUGAACUGCCUCUUUCCAUUUUCUGUUGUCUUUUUUUUUCUUUUUUUUUUUUUUUGUAAAGCGUCACUCGGCCUGGGAUGACUCACUUGUAUGGAUGUACAAACCAGAUGAUGUUAUAUGGAUGUAGAAACCAGAAACAUAUGCUUUUGUGAUCACGACCAGAAGAUGUGGUUCAGAUGUUACACAGAAUGUAUUCUUUUUUUUCUUUUUUUAUGUUGUUUCCAGACAACAACCGCCCAAUUGUAAAUGACUUUGAGGAGAAUCGAGUAAAAAAAAAAAAAA